CUUCUCCAUCUCGCUGCCGUCGCCCAGUUUGCCCCCCGCAGUAGCGGGGACGGGGCCGGCGGGCGAGUGCGCCCCAGUACUCGGCCGCGGCCCACCUCGUCCUGUUCCCCGUUUCCCCUCCGCCAGUGUCCCCCUUGACUGGUCCGGUGGCAAGCUGAUUCGCCUCACAACUUUUUGGGAGGGCAUGGGGGGCGGUUUUGGGGAUGUGGAGGAGCCACCAAAGUCCCCCCACCCCCCGCCAAACACACUGGCACAUAGGCGUCUCGGUCCGGUCCCCGAGUCUGUGAGGCGGGGGCAGCCUCGGCCUCGCCUUCGUGCCCCACCACGUUCUGGGUCUGACAGCCACCUCAGUCCCUCCGGGGCCCGGCCCGGUAUCCCUUAGCUGCCCUUGCUGCCCCACACCAGUUGGCAUCAGCAGGAAUUGGCAUCGGCUCGCUCGCCCCGAAGCCAGGGGUUCACCUCUGUGGUCCCUGCACAGUAGGGGAGCAAGGGCUGUGUUUGGACUUGGGCUCCGGUCUCAUGUCAUGUAUGUGCUGGGGGGAACUCAUGAGCCAGAGCCUUGCUGGGGCAAGGGAUCCCUGUGAGGUGCCUCUGCUCUCCAGGACGAAAAACGGAAGGAUCCUUUUUUUCAGGAAAAAGAACAUCUGAUAGUUGUGAAGUGAGUCCACUGGAAAACUCAACGUGCUUCACCCUGCACAGACAAUCUGCUUCAUGUUGAUUCAUCAUCAUUCCAGGAUUGUGGUGUCCUUGGGUCUGGCUCUUGGCACUGAUAUGGUACAGAAGAUUUAAAAUCAGCUGAUGUUCACAAGGAAUAGAGUCACGUGAUGUAUGAAGGCAAACACAUACACUUCUCUGAGGUUGACAAUAAGCCCUUGUGCUCUUAUAGCCCCAAACUGUGUAAGCAGAGGCGACUUAACGGCUACGCCUUCUGUAUCAGACACGUUCUAGAGGACAAGACUGCACCCUUCAAGCAAUGUGAAUAUGUGGCCAAGUAUAACAGCCAACGCUGCACCAACCCCAUCCCCAAAUCGGAGGACCGUAGGUACUGCAACAGCCACCUGCAGGUACUUGGCUUUAUACCGAAAAAGGAGAGGAAGAAAAAGAAUGAUCCCAUAGAGGAUGUAAAGGUCAGGCAUCAGAUGGAUGCUGUGGCCUUCAGUCUGACAGUGCCCACCCUGGCCUUGAAGAUGCCCAACGGACUGGAUGGGAUGUCCCUCUCCCCUCCAGGGGCUAGGCUUCCUCUCCACUACUUGGAGGCAGAAUUAGAAGACCCCUUUGCUUUCAACGAGGAGGAUGAUGAUCUAAAGAAAGGGGCAACAGUGAGGAAAAAGUUGCAGAGCAAGUUGGCUCAAAACCGGCAGCGCCAGAGAGAGACAGAGAUUUUAAAAGUUCGCCAAGAGCACUUUAGCCCUCUUCCUGCACCUUUGCAGCAGCAGCCUCUGCAGCAGCAGCACUCCCAUCUGCCACCUUCAUCAGCUUCGUUAAAGCCGACAGGGCUACCACAAGGCGUAGUCUGCAAGUCACCUCAACCUCCGAACACCAGCCUACCAAUGCAGGGAGUGGCACCCACCACACACACUAUAGCACAAGCCCGGCAGUUGUCUAACAAGAGACCUCUGCCUCUCCUGCCACCCGCUAGGGCACCUGUCAUGGACCCUCCAAGGACUGAUCGGGUCCUCAUGAAAGCCACAGCCUUCUCUCCGCACUCAUCUUGCAUGAGCCGGCUACAGAGACUGGUGAAACUGUGCACUCGAAAACAGCAGCUGGACACUGAUCUGUUUCCACAUUUAGGGCUGGAUUGGUCUGAAGACAGUGGAGAAGAGUUGGAAGAUUCAGAGCAAACCUCCCCCUACCAAGUUGCAUGGUCGAUCCGAGAAACCCUCGGCUAUGAGAGACAUGAGUCUGACGACGACAGUGAAGACGACAGGAGUUCCAGGGUGACCAGACUUUGCACUUACUUCCGGCAGAAAUACAAGCACCUCUGCCGCCUGGAGCGGGCAGAAUCUCGUCAGAAGAAAUGCCGGCAUACACUCCGGAAAGCCUUGCUGCAGGCGGCCAGUAGAGAGCCGGAGCGUGCUGGGCAACUGAUACAAGAGCUUCGAAGAGCUACUUGUGCUCGUACCAGCUCAAGCCAAGCGAGGCAGAGAAAUGCAGAGCCAACAACCUGUAGUGGGACUUUGAAGGGAGAACAGUGCACUAACAAGGCCCUUCCAUUCACCAGGCAUUGUUUUCAGCAUAUCUUAUUGAACCGUUCUCAGCAGCUCUUCUCAAGUUGCACAGCCAAGUUUGCAGAUGGUCAACAGUGCUCUGUGCCAGUUUUUGACAUUACACAUCAGACACCUCUGUGUGAAGAACAUGCCAAAAAAAUGGACAAUUUCUUGAGAGGGGACAGCUCCCGUAAAGUUCAGCACCAGCAGCAGAGGAAACCCAGGAAAAAAACAAAGCCACCUGCACUUACCAAAAAACACAAGAAGAAGAGAAGGCGAGGCCCACGCCGGCCCCAGAAACCCAUUCCUCCUGCAGUGCCCCAAGGGAACCUCACCAUGCCUGCUAGUGUCUCACUGCCAGUAGAAAUGCCUCACAUACGGAGUCCCUCCACACCAGAGCUGAGUGCUGAUGAGCUGCCCGAUGAUAUCGCCAACGAAAUCACAGACAUUCCACAUGACUUGGAAUUGAAUCAGGAGGACUUCUCUGAUGUCCUGCCACGGCUGCCUGAUGACUUGCAAGAUUUUGAUUUCUUUGAAGGUAAAAACGGAGAUCUCCUUCCGACUACAGAAGAGGCUGAAGAAUUGGAACGGGCCCUGCAGGCUGUAACUUCUCUUGAGUGCCUGAGUACCAUUGGAGUACUUACACAGACAGAUGGUGUGCCAGUUCAGGAGCUGUCAGACAGAGGGAUAGGGGUGUUCUCUACAGGUGCUGGAGCUCCAGGAAUGCAGUCCUUGAGUCGAGAGGUUAACACGGAUCUGGGGGAGCUGUUGAAUGGGCGUAUAGUACAUGAUAAUUUCUCUGGUCUGGAGCUGGAUGAGAACUUGCUCCGUUCUGCUACCUUGUCCAACCCACCCACGCCCCUGGCAGGGCAGAUCCAGGGGCAGUUCUCAGCCCCAGCCAACGUCGGCCUUACUUCUGCCACUCUGAUAAGCCAGAGUGGCCUUGGGGAGAGAGCCUUCCCAGGACAGUUUCAUGGACUUCAUGAUGGCAGCCAUGCCUCCCAGAGGCCUCACCCUGCCCAGCUGCUGAGCAAGGCAGAUGACCUGAUCACCUCACGACAGCAAUACAGCAGUGACCAUUCACACUCCUCACCCCAUGGAAGCCAUUAUGAUAGUGAGCAUGUGCCGUCUCCCUACAGUGACCAUAUCACAUCCCCUCACACCACAUCCUUUUCUGGUGAUAACUUGGCAGCUACCUUCUCAGCAGAGAUGCCCAUGAUGGCACAGCACUUGCUCCCAACUCAGCUGGAUGUGCCACUUAGCGGGGUGGUCAACCCCAGAACUCACUGGGGAAAUCUUCCUGUCAAUCUUGGGGACCCCUCUCCGUUUAGCAACCUUCUUGGUGCAGAUGGACACCUCCUGUCCACCUCCCUGUCCACACCACCUACCACCUCGCACUCAGAGACCACACAGCCUGCCUUCGCCACUGUGACCCCCAACAGCUCCAGUGUGCUUCCGGGGUUACCGCAGACCAGUUUUAGUGGCAUGGGUCCUGCCUCUGCUGAACUCAUGGCCUCCACCUCCCCUAAACAACAGCUCCCUCAGUUCAGCGCAGCCUUUGGGCACCAGCUGAGCUCCCACAGUGGCAUCCCCAAGGACCUGCAGCCCAGCCACAGCUCCAUAGCUCCUCCCACGGGCUUCGCAGUGACCGGUGCCACCGCUACCAGUACCAAUAACGCAUCUGUGCCCUUCACCACCUCCAACUGAGCUUGUCUGCCUGGCUCUCUGCGGGUAGAUGGGGGACCUGUGUUUUCUAUCUUUCCUUUUUUUCCUUUUUCUUGUUUUUCUGUCCUACUUCCCCCUCCCCCCCCCCCUUUUUUUUUUUUUGUUGGAAGGGGUUCAGAAAAAAAACCCUGCUUCAGUACUGACCAGGGUUAGCCCUCUGUGAACCUUGCUGUAGUGUUCACAUGUGCUUGUUAUGCACUGGUGCUCAUUUAUUGCAGGCAGGUUCACUGUUGCCCAGUAAUUUCUUAAGGAUACGGCACAGUUACUGGAUGUUAUUGAUGUUAGCAGUAAGACCUAGAAAUGGGAAGAUACCUCAGAAUUACUGAUGCAUGUUACUGUUUCCUAGGGUUUGGAUCAGUGUUUGCCAUCCUCUUAGCAUCUACUAGGAAGUUUUCAGUGGGCAGAAGUCUCUUGAUUUUUUUUUUUUAAUUUUUAAUUAAUUUUUUUCCCAAAGGUAGCAUCUGGCAUGGAAAAAUUGACUGCACACAUAGAUUUGAGAAUGGUGCACUGAAGUCCUAAAUCAAGAUCAUGGUUCAAAGAUGAGUUUGGCAGUUUCUUAAAACGGUCUCUUGACCUCCUCUUUGUGCGUGUGUGUGUUUGGGGUGCAGAGAGCAGCAGUUCCUUUUCUUCUUUUAGUGAAGAUGUGGGAGUUGUCCCUUUCCAGAACUGGCCACUGUUCUUACUGCAUGCUGAGUUUUGGUUGGGUUUAUUCUUGCCUUUUUUUUUUUUUUUUGGAAUUAUGAGGAUUUCUGAUUCAUUGAGCAGUGAGGGGAUCAGUUGACUGGUUGCCUGGGGAUCAGUUGACUGGUUGCCUGGAUAUCUGAAGGCUAAUACAAAAUUGGCCCAGGGGAGAAGAAAAAAAAAAAAAAGAAAAAAAAAGGCAACCCCCUCCCAGAAAUAAAAAUGGAAGGAUUCCAGUAGAUCAUGGAUUAGUGAAGAAUCUUGUGCAGAAAUUCUCUUCCUUGAUGGUUUACUGUGGCCUUGUAGCGUUGAGGAUUUGCCUUUUUGAAUGUGGCUUUGUCCAGACCUCCUUUCCUGACAGGCUGACAGGUAUUUCUGGCCUGAAACUGCAAGAAUUUGGUUGGCAUUUUGCCCAUCCACAUAAGUCUAGGUCAGACCCUUUGGUAAGUUUCAAAUGGAUGCAUUUCUUUAAAUUGGCUAGUGAGACUCCAUUGGAUAUUUUUUUCCCCUGAUAGAAGCCAUAUAAACCUUUUGAUGUUUGUUGGGGUUUGAUGCUCUGUAUGGAAAGCUAAAUGUAUGUCAGGCAGGUACCUAUCAGCGGUCAUGGCUAACCAAAAGAGGAAUCACUAAAGCAGAAUGCAUAAGAAUUCUUUCCAUCUGCAGGACAUUUUCACAUUUACUGCCCACCUGCUAAAUAUAGUAUUCAGAUUCUUUUGCAGUAAUUUCAGUUCUUAAAGAAAUGGCUCUGCUAGCUUUCAUUUUUUUUACAGUUUAAUUUAAUUUUAUGUUGUGUGUUUUAAUCCAGCAGCAGAAAUUCUGAUGUGUUUACUUGCAUCUCUUUAUCAGGAAAGGAAGAAAGAAAUUUGCUCAUGACUUUAUAGGGCUCAAACUUGCUACUCUACUCCGACUGUAAAAGUAGCUCCUAAUUAAGUCUCUGCUCUUCUUGGUUUGUUUCUGAGAGUAGAAAAUUCCACAUUUCAAUCUCUUACUGUAGAAGACAGAUUUCAUUCUACCUUAAUGGUAAAACGUCCUACCUGCAUGUAUUCUAGUCUCAUUCAGGAAAUUAAGAGAUACCAAGCACAUAUAAUAGAGAAGCCUAACGAAUUGUUUGAGCAAGGGAUCAUUGAACCAAGUUUUGUUGUUACAGAAACUCAUUUUGUUAGUAAUCAGGCCCACACCGAAUUCUCUAACCCAAACCUCUCCUUCCAUCUUGCUAAGGAACAGAAUUUAAACAGGAUAGGUCUUGUGUCUUCUAACUAUCACAGCAAUCAUACUAUCCCUCUUUUCCUGAAAGAUUUGUCCUGCUUCAAUAAAAGGGAGUCUGGAUGAUGUAUAUGUCGUUUUCUGAAAUAGCAAAUGUGUGUGGGUGGAGGAAACAAAGAUUAUUUUCAUGCUUCUGUUGUUAUGAAGUCCUUAUUUCAUACUUGGUAAAAUAGAUCUUAAUAAUAUAAGCCGAAUAUUUUUAAGUGGUGAUUUAAAUAUGUUUGUAACAUUUAAAUGUUUUUAAAUCAUGUAAAAAGUUGAAUUGAAGCCUACGAAAUCCUGCUUGUGAUUGUCCUGCUGAUUGAAGAAUGCCCAGUGGUAUUGUGAAAUAAGGCAAAUCUGACAAGACAUUUAUUUAUUUUUGUAUUAUGUUCCCCAUACUUUGUGGAGGAGACAACUGUUUGAUUUGCAAAUGAUUUUCGUUGUGUCCUUAUACCUCCUUCAAUGUGUUUGGAUGACUGGCUGAAAAAAUGAGGAGAACUAGCAUACCAAAUGGUUAAUUCUUCAAUCUACUUGUGUGUUCAUGUCAUUUUAGAGGGUGUUAAUUUCUAUAAAUUGGUUUCAGGAGUUUGGUCUUGGAAUUAUUCUUGUGCCCAUCAGACUUUUUAAUGAAGCUGCAGCUAGUGCAGAGUAUGUUUGUCCCACAUCACAAUUUCUCUUAGCAAAUGCCAGAGAGGAAGGGAGGAGAGGAACUGAGAGCGAAGUUCUGCUUGGUCGCAUUGGUGUAAAAUUGUGGAGGAGCUUUUUGGUCUGUGGUCACUGUGAGCUUGUAAUGAUCUAACUCAAACAUAACCUAGCUCCUAAUCUGAACAUUGAUUUAGACAGGGAAUUUCAAAAGCUGUCAAAGCUAUGCAGGUCCAUAAUUCCUAUUUGAAAUCAAUGACUGCUAUGUACCUGCAUUCCUUUAAGGCAGCUGAGGGUAUCAACUCUCUUCCCCUACUUAGACUUCAGUUUUUGUAUAUCCCUUGGUGACUCUUCCCUGAAAAGUGGCUAUGUAACAUUUUUCAGUGAGGAAACUAAGUUUGCAAUAAAGCUGCACUUUUAAGAAUAAACUUUGUAUACAUUUGAAA